CAGUUGAUCCGUGUGUGUGUGUGUGUGUGCGGCAGCAGCAGCGGUAGACUGGCGCGAGCGUGGCCGCAGUCAGGUUCUCACUGACGGACUCUGCUGCUCCGAAAACACAAGGUGUUUGAAGCUCCUCAGGCGACGACGCCAUGAGUCCCAAAGCGUGCAAGAACUGCGGCAGCUCGGACGUGGAUGUGGACCAGGCGCGCGGCGAUGCCGUCUGCAUGGGCUGCGGCUCCGUGCUGGAGGACAACAUCAUCGUGUCCGAGGUGGAGUUUGUGGAGUCGGGAGGCGGAGGCUCGCUCGCCGUCGGACAGUUUGUCUCUUCGGAAGGAAACAAGAAUCCCGUUUUUGGAGAAGGUCACCACGGAAUUGGGUCGGAGUCCCGAGCUCAGACUCUGCAGAGGGCCAAACAGCACAUCAACACUCUGGGUCGCCAGCUGCAGAUGAACCAGCACUGUUUGGACACGGCCUAUAAUUUCUACAGGAUGGCGCUCGGCAAACACCUGACGCGUGGACGCAAGGCGUCGCACGUCAUCGCCGCGUGUCUCUACCUGGUCUGCCGCACCGAGGGAACGCCACACAUGCUGCUGGAUUUCAGUGAUGUCCUGCAGGUGAACGUCUACGUCCUGGGAAGAACCUUUCUGGUCCUGUCAAGAGAGCUGUGCAUCAACGCCUCAGCUAUAGAUCCGUGCCUGUACAUUCCCCGCUUUGCCCAGAAGCUGGAGUUUGGUGAGAAGAACCACGAGGUCUCCAUGACGGCGCUGAGACUGGUGCAGAGGAUGAAGAGGGACUGGAUGCACACGGGACGAAGGCCGUCGGGACUCUGUGGAGCAGCUCUCCUCGUCGCCGCCCGUAUGUACGACUUUUGCCGCACGACCAAAGAAAUCGUCAAAGUGGUGAAAGUGUGUGAAAGCACUCUGAGGAAAAGACUGACCGAGUUCCAGGACACGCCCUCCGGUCAGCUGACCAUCGAGGAGUUCAUGAGGCUGGACCUGGACCAAGAGUGUGACCCGCCGUGUUACACGACUGGACUGAAGAAUAAGAAGUACCAGCAGCUGGAGAUUGAGCUGGAGAAAAAGAUGGAGGACUUUGAAGAGGAAAUCCACUGCUACGAGGACGAGAUCGACGCAGAGCUUCAGAACUGUCGACCCAAACUGAGAGGAGUCUACGCCGCUUACACUAAAGAAACGGCUACAGAGGUACCGGAGGAAGUUGGUGACGACGACGACGUCUCCACGCCGUCUAAAAUGUCCGCCGCCACCGAUGAGGAGCGAGAGGAGGAAGACGAGCUGGAGGCCGUGGCCAAGCACUUUGGCAAAGAAAUGAGUGAACUCACACUGGAGGCUCUGAUAAAACUGGAGCAGAAGGCACCAGAGGACGAGGAGGAGGAGGAGGAGGAAGGCGGUUCUCCGAAGAGGAAAGGCCCCACACUGGAGUCCAUCCUGGGCAGGAUGCCCACAGCGUCCACACUGGGACUCCCCGAGUCCAUCAGCAAGUGCUUCGGAGAAGAGAAGGAGAACGAUGGAGCCGCUGACAGCGGGGAGCUGGACCUGAGCGGCAUCGAUGACAAGGAGAUAGAGCUGUAUCUGCUGGAUGACGGAGAAGUGAAGGUGAAGACGGCGCUGUGGAUGGCAGAGAACUCGGACUACCUCAAACAGCUGAAAGAAAAGGAGGCGAAGAUAGCGAAGGAGAAGGAGCUGGGCAUCUACAAAGAGAGGAAGCCCCGAGGUCCGUCCAAGAAGCGUCCGCCGAUCAGAGCCAACACGGCCGACGAGGCCAUCGAGAAGAUGCUGGAGCAGAAGAAGAUCUCGUCCAAGAUCAACUACGACGUCCUCAAGGACCUCAACGUCAAGCCGGGCUCCAGUCCCGCGCGACAGCCGGACACGCCCAAGAGAGAGGCGUCCGCCGUCAAACUGACGGGACGCAACCGCAGCUCGCCCCGAGCCCCGCUGAGCCUCAGCACGCCGCUCAGCACUCUGGGAAAAAGGUUACAGCCGUUCAUCACCGGUCUGCCCAAAAAGAAGAUGGCCAUGGAGCAGGCCGCCGCCCACAACCCCCUGCCGGUGCCUGUGGGAAACCCCGACAGUGGCGUGGUGGUCGAGAGCGGGCCGGUCGUCUAUGACGACGCAGCUGAGGAGGAAGAGGACGAGGAAGAGGAGACCUGUGUCAGCGCCAUGGAGCUGCUGGGAAGCAACGAUUACGGCUCUGAUGCAGAUUAUGACGACGGAUUCUAGCAGCGUCUCCUCUACGACCGACAUUGUCUUUCCCGGGGAGACAAAAUGGCCGACGCGAGACGCCUGCACGAAGGUUUGCACGAGACAAAAAUCUCUCACUCUUUGACGUCCGGAGUGGACAGACGGACGUCAGAGGAGGUAAAGUGGACAUGAGGGAAGAGUGAGUGGUGAAGAAAAGAACACGGGUUUGUCGAGCUGUGAGUCAGAAAACGUUCAGGUUAGAACUGGGAUUAACUGGGAUUAACAGUCUGGUCACGUACAGGUGUCCUUAAAGUUCUUAUUUAUCAGGAAAUACAGUCGUUUAAAUGCUGCUACGCUACACGAGGACUAACACACUACAGCAUUUGUCUUUUUGCUUUUUAGUCCAGGUUUAAAGUAGGAUUAAGAAAACACGUCAUUAUCAUCUUUGAAGUGUCGUCGUUUGAGACGUGGAGCAGGUACGAACAGGAGAAUCUCUAAUCCAGGUUAAAUCUGUGAAAAACUGGAGUUUCUGCCACUCUGUAAACUCACUCACUCUCCCGCACCAAAGCCCAUAGAGAAAAUCAGCCAUUUAGCGUCACAGCACACAGGAGGGUUCGCUCCACCGCUGCGUCCGUCACCAAGUUCAAAUGUUUUAUUUUGUGACUUUAAAGUUUGAAACCCUUUGUUCGGAUUGACCUCAGUGACACAGAGUGACCACACGAGGCAGCAGAGGACCAGCAG